UGUUAUAUUGAAAUUUUAAUAUUUUACAAGGAAUUUGAGAAAGAGAUGGCCAGAAGCAGGUAGGGAGAUGCAGAGAGAGACUGAGGGAGACAGGGAAAGGCAGAUACGGAGGCGGAGACUAGAGCAGGAACAGGGAGAAACGAGGACGCAGCAACCUGGCUGGUAACACUGAUAUUGCCCCCCCUCCCCCGCCACACCGGUAUAAAUCCCCAGUGGCCGGCCAGCCCGCCUGCCAGCCCACCAUGCUCUCAAGAGGCAGCCCGCUGACCCCGGCCCGGAUCCCGCCCUUCCAGCUCCCAGCCCACAGUCAGCGCCCUCAGAGCACCAGCCGGGAGCUGCCACCAUCAGACGGGGGACCUGUCCUGCUCCACGUGCCCACGGUCACUGCAGCCCACGGGUUCCAGGUGCUGGCCCAGAGGCCCCAGGUGCUGUCUGCUGAGGCCCCGCUCUGGGGGACAUCACCAGAGAUCUCUGCAGACCACAGCUGGAGCCCGGACCAAACCAAGAUUCCCGGGACUCAGCCCCAUGGCAGAUUCCAGAAUCUCUCGAAGGUGGACAGGAUCUUAACCCUGCUGACGAUGAGGAAGCUAAGGUCCAGAGAGGUCGACCAACGUGUCCUGGGUCACACAGCCGGGGUUCUAGCCCAGGAGGUGGGCUGCCUCCAGCACCAUCUGCCCCCCACGUCCCUCUUGUGUUCAGAAGCCCAUCAUGUGGGUGCAGAAAGUAAGACCCAAAGCUGGAUGUCUGCCACCCACAGCGCCUGGAGCCCUCACUCCAACCGGGAGCACCAGGGACACGGCGGAGCCCUGCAGCCCCCCAGGGCGAUCCGGGCAUGGCUGGCCACCCCCAGGAUCCUGGCCAGUGACACAGGAGAGGACUCCAGUUCCGCGUGGACAUGGAUCUCCAAUCCCACCUGGAGCCUCCACUAUCCGCAGAAAUAG